AUGACCGAUUAUAAUGCCCUUGCCGGAUCAGUACAUGUAAGAAUUCGACGAGAUGCAAAUGAACAAAUGGUUCUUGCUCAUGUGACCAACAGACUGUACACUCUCGUGUCUACUCUGACUGUUCAAAUUUUCAAGGAUGAUUGGAGUAGGCCUGCCUUACUGUCUGGGCCUGUUGCAGCCAAUGUCCUAAACUUUUCAGACCAUCACGUAAUUCCAAUGCCUCUUUUAAAGAAUAUGGAUGAUAUGACCCCUUUCACAUCAACUCCAGCUAAACCUAGUAGUCCCCCUCCAGAAUUUUCAUUUAAUACCCCUGGAAAAAAUGUGAGCCCGGUUGUUCUUCUGAACACACAAACAAGGCCUUAUGGUUUGGGUCUUAAUCAUGGACACACACCGUACAGCAACAUGCUCAGUCAAGGACUUGCAGUUCCAGGAAUGGGAGUAACCCAAGGAUUCAGGACUGGUUUUACAAAUAUACCAAGUAGAUAUGGAAAUAACAAUAGAAUUGGACAACCAAGACCAUGA